AUGGCGAACACGACGCUGGUGCUGCUAUGGCUUUUCACCUGGAUGACAGUCGCCCUGAUCGCCACGCGCCUGCUGAUGCGCAAGGUGCGUCGCAAGCCCUUCGUUCUGGGUGACUACCUGUCCUUCGCCGCUAUUCUCUGUGCCCUCAUUCGGCUGGCUCUGGUGCAUGUCAUCCUCAUCUGGGGCACCAACAACAUGUCCCUGGACAUGCGCCAGGCGCACCACUUCACGGGCCAGGAGAUCCACCGCCGUGAGAUCGGCAGCAAGUUUACCUUGUGCAACCGGGUCUUCUACAACUCAUACCUCUGGAUCCAGAAGAUCGUUCUGCUCGAUACCUAUCGACACCUGAUCCGCAACCUGUCCUGGGAGCGACCGACUCUCCUGGCAUACCUGCUGGUCUUUGCAUCCACGUACAUCACCGUCCAGGUGGUGACCUUUACCGAAUGCGAUCCAUUCAAUCACUACUGGCAGGUGCUGCCUGACCCAGGCACCUGCUCCCAGGCUCAACUGCAACUGAUCGUCCUCGGGGUCCUCAAUAUCAUCACGGAUGUCAUGCUGAUCGCGUUGCCGGUGCCCGUUCUGGUCAUGGUCAAGCGAUCAUUGGCCGAGUACGCCCUCCCUCCGUUCCUCCGUUCUGUAUAUAGUCUAUAUGCUGACCUGGUGCAUGGUAGAAAACUGCAGCUUGCCGCUCUCUUCGCGAUCGGCCUCUUUAUCGUGAUUAUCACAAUCAUUCGGUUACCACAGAACGCUGAACACUCGACCGUGCAGGUCAACCGCACAACGUGGGCCAACGUCGAACUAUUCGCCGCCGCGAUCGUCUCCAACGCCCCCGUGCUGUACGGCUUCUAUCGUGGCAGUCGCGAGAACUCGCGUUCGAGGGCCACCAACACCGGCACGGGGCCGCACUCCUCGCGCGAUCGGGCGCUGGCCUCGCAGGACCAGCCCUGGGAGAUGCACAAGGUCAAUCACCCGCGACGGACGUCGGCGCUGGGAUCCAAGCUGGCGGCACGCCCGGCGCAUGUCUAUACGGAAAUCCACGGCGAAAGUAGCGUCAGCGUGGAAGCACGAAAAGCGUGA